AUGCUGCCAUCUAGUGACCGGAAACGAAUUCUUUCUCUGGUUGCUGCGUCAGCUGCUGGAGCAAUCUUGCUUCAACGGCAUUAUGCUGCCAAAGCUAAACAGUCUCGGAUAAAAGAAAUGGCUCAUCAGCAUGUCGAUACUGCUGAUGGCUCGUUUAAAGUGGACAAGAGUGUCAAGGUGGCUGUUGAUGGUCGUUUUUUUAAGCAGCUCGUGCAUAUUCUUAAAAUAUGCAUUCCUUCUUGGAGAUCCUCUACUGUACUUAUUAUUAUGCUGCAUACAUUCUUUCUGGUGCUACGAACUCAUCUGACUGUGAUUGUUGCUCGAAUUGAAGGUCGACUUGUCAAGAAUAUGGUUGCUGCCGAUGGAAAAUCAUUUUUGAAAGGGUUAGGGUUUUUUAUGGCAAUUUCUAUUCCUGCCACAUUCACAAAUAGUAUGAUCAAAUAUCUUCAGUCCAAGUUUGCUGUUUCAUUGAGGUCCAAAUUGACCCGACACGUCCACUCGCUGUAUAUGAGCAACAACACUUACUACAAAGCUAUUAAUUUGGAUAACCGUAUUCAGGGUGCUGAUCAGUUGAUUACUACGGAUAUCAACAGGUUCUGUAUUGCAUCUGCAAGUCUUUAUUCCAAUGUAGGAAAGCCGUUAUUGGAUAUCAUUAUCUUCAACUACCAACUUGCUCGAAGUAUUGGCAUGAAUGGAAUGUGGGGAUUGGCACUCAAUUAUGUCAUUACUGCCGUGAUUUUACGAGCCGUGACUCCGCCGUUUGGUAAAAUGGCCGCAGAAGAAGCUAGGCUUGAAGGUGAUUUCCGCAGUGCCCAUUCUCGUCUCAUCACUAAUGCAGAAGAAAUUGCAUUUUACAAUGGCGAAGACCUUGAAAAAUCUAUUUUGGACAGGACCUAUUCAAAUCUGAUCAAGCAUAUCAACGAUAUAUACCGUAUUCGGAUUGUGUACAAUAUGUUUGAAGAUUUCCUUAUCAAGUACAGCUGGUCGGCUAUAGGAUUGAUUAUUGCUAGUAUUCCAGUGUUUUUCCCUAACAUGGCUGGCGACCGAACUCGGAGAGAGGAGCAGGCUUUGAUGGAUGAGAUAAAGAUUUCCGAAUGCGGGGAAGUGGAGGGAGAACUCGAGAUUUCAGGAGUAGUCAAGUCAGAUAGUUUGUUUACUGGUAAUAGAACCCAGGGUUUUAUUACCAACAAAAGACUCAUGGUAUCUCUUGCAGAUGCAGGUGGCCGUAUUAUGUACUCGUACAAGGAGCUGUCUGAGCUUGCUGGAUACACAUACCGCGUCUACAAUAUGAUCCGUGUUCUCGAGGACCUAAAUAAAAACAAAUUUGUGCGACCAGAAACAACCAACAAUUCGCCAUACUCGAUUGAACAGUGCAACGGCAUUGUGGAGUAUAAAGAAAAAGCGGGAAUUUCAUUUAGUCAUACGCCGAUUGUUACACCUUAUGGAGAUACAGUCUUGGUGGAGAACCUCACACUAAAUAUUAUGCCUGAAAGUCAUUUGAUGAUUACUGGACCCAAUGGUGCUGGAAAAUCCAGUAUCAUGCGCGUGUUGGCUGGCAUUUGGCCUCAUUUUGCUGGUACCAUUGUACGACCCUUGCCUGAGCUUACCUCAAUCAUGUACAUCCCACAACGACCCUAUCUUGCAAUUGGCACGUUGCGUGAUCAGAUUAUUUAUCCGCAUUCAUACAAAGAUAUGCAGCAUACAGGACGAACAGAUGCCGAAUUGCAAGACAUUCUCAAAAUUGUAUACUUGGAUUACAUUCCGACGCGUGAAGGUGGACUGGAUGCAGUCAAGGAGUGGAAAGAUGUGUUUUCUGGAGGAGAAAAGCAGCGUAUUCAACUUGCUCGACUGUUUUACCACAAACCCAAAUUUGCAAUUUUGGACGAGGCGACAUCAGCCGUGUCUAACGACGUCGAAUCUCUCCUCUAUACCUCUGCAAAAGAGGCUGGUAUGACGCUUAUUACGAUAUCUCAUCGACCCUCGUUAUUCAAAUAUCACCCAUAUCUACUGCGUAUAGGUGAAGGGGCAACACAAAAGAUGUGGGCAUUGGAAAAGAUUGGCACGACCAAGUCGUUGGUAGAAAGUGUUGCGUCGGAGAUCAAAAAACUCAAAGGACAGCUGGGUAAUAUGGAUUCUUUGCGAUCGCGGUUGAGCGAAAUCAAUCAACAAUUGUCUUUGGAUAUCAAGGGUGAAGGAUUGAAGCAUGCCAACCGGAAUUUGAUUUGA